AUGAAAACACAAGACAUUGAUCUAGCACAUGCAAAUAUUACCAUCGAGGUUUUUUACUUACAGCCGUACAAUCAGCACGUUUCAAUCAUAAAACACGACAUGAUCUGCUCACGUUUGCUCUCCAUUGUGGCUAAGAAUGCACCCACACCUUCCAUAGUUUUUCCCUCGAUUGCUCUUCGACAGCCUAAUGUCCUAUCAUGUGGUAAUUGGUUCGCUGGUAACGAAACAAAUUCUCUUUCCAUGGAACUUUUGAACCGAAAUGCUCGUCGUCCUAAGAAGGCAAACCAUGGUAAGCGUCCAUGCUCACACUACCGCCGUCGCCAGAAACGGCUUGGUGCUAAAAAGGCAUAG